AUGAAUACAUCAACAAAUAACGUUGUAGCAAAUUCAACAACAACUUCAAAAUAUAAUUUUCUACCUAAGUUUAAUCAUCAUAGCAAUUUAAAUCAUAAUACUGUUACUAAUCAAUCUAAUCAACCACAAUCAAGAGUAGUAUCAAAUGAUUUAGUGGAUUCAAUAGCAAAUAGUUUAUCAUAUAAUAGAACAAUAAGUUCAUCUUCAUCAAUACUAAGUACUCCAAGUAAUAAUAUUCGUAAAUUUCAACAACAGCGGCAACAACAUCAAAACCAGCAAAACCAAACUCAGAAAAAACAUCAUCAUCACAAUCAUUCAGAUAAAGACGAAAAACAUAGUAAUCGAAUAUCAAGAAAUGGACAACUUAUAAAAAAUAAAUUACUAAAUUUACAUCAAUCUCAUAAACAAUUACAACCAAAUCCAAUUCAAACUCAAUCUACUUCACAACAACCUCAACAACCAACAACUCAAAAGUCAUUACACAAUGCGGAGUAUUAUACGAGGACUGUAAUAUUUCCAGAAGUAUCAAGUGAUGAAGAAGAUGAAUCAAAUGAUAAUGAUGAAACAGAAACAGAAGAUUUUGAAACAUUUUUCAAAAAUUCAAUAAAUUCAAUACCCGGAUAUACAAAAGGUGAAUUAGAUGUAUUAAUUAAUCAACAAGAAUUAACUCAUGAAGAAGAGAAAAAGUUAUUAUUAGAGUACAAGAGAAAAGAAAUGACAAAACAAGAAAGAUCAUAUAUGAAAACAAGUUCAUUAUCAAUAAGAAGACAAUUACAAGUAACUCAAAAGAAGGAAAUUCUCACAAAGAUAUUUGGAAACCACAACAAAUUAAACAAUGAAUAUAUUACAAAUAAUAGUGAAUUUUCAUCAUUUAAUAAUAAUUUUAAUUUACAAAUGGUUUUCAAUGAAGAUAGAGAAGAAAUUUUUCAUUUAUUAGAAGAAGAUAAUGAUUUUAAAGUAUCAAUGGAAGAAUUUAGAGAAACGAGAAGAACCGACGCAAAGGAUAGGGAAUUAAAUGAUGAAUCUGAUGAAGAAUUGAAUUACCUAUUGAAGAAAAUACCUAUAAAUAAGAAAUAA